AUGGAAGCGGGCUGGAAUUCUUGUCUCCAGACGCUCGAGGGCCAUGACAGUGGGAUGAACUCAGUUGUCUUCUCGGCAGAUGGUCAGUGGCUCGCAUCGGCCACGGGCGCUUGUCUCCAGAGGCUUAAUAUGGGCAGGGUGAUAACCCACCUUUCGUUUGACCCGAUGACCAACUCUCGUCUCUCUACCGACCUAGGAGUUCUGAACCUGGAUCUACUGUCUGCUAUUGAUACACAACCGACCGAGGCUUCUUCACAAGAUAUUAGCCACUGUGGCUACGGUGUAAGCACUGAUGGUAUGUGGAUCGCGAAAGAUUGGAAAAGGGUAAUUUGGCUACAUCCAGAGUAUGAACCGGGGGGAUCGGUUGUGACGGGAUCGACAGUCGCUAUUGGCUGCCGCUCAGGUCUUGUAUUAGUGAUGCAGUUCUCAGAAAAUGGGCCGGAUUCGUCGGGCGUCCAGUAG